AUGCAGGCGCACUUUUGGAUCGCUGCCUAUCAACUCCCCGGUGGAGCGAGGGCGGUGGAGGAGAGAGAGGGACGGAGAGUCUGGUUAAACGCGAUAUUGGGAAAUAUGAAGGCUCCCAACGAGGCUAAAGCCGAAGGAUCUACGAGGGUGAAACGCAAUAAUAGCGGUAUUCAACGGAGAGACGAGGUCGAUGCUAGGUGGAAAACGGAUCAACUGGAAAUCUAACGGGCAAAGGGCAAUCAAUAGAAGGGAUCGAGGGUGGCUAUGGCAGCCGGUGUUAAGAGGAGAAAGAUGCGGUGGGGAAUGCAGAAGUUGAGGAAUAGUGACCGCAGAUAGAGUCAGAGAGAGUCAGAGUUAGAGAACCACAGUCGGAGAGACGGAUAGAGAGAGGGAAACAGGAGCAGAGAGAACGUGAUGAUUGACAACGUGGUGGAGAGGAUCUUUUGCUGGAUGUUGUUGCAUGUCUUGGGUGGGUGUGUAGUGGAUGUUGCGCUGGAGUGGAUUGCGGUGGGUUGGGAUCCACCGGGGUUUGACAAGAGGCUUGCUUAGCCUGGGUUAGCUCGCGCCUGAACUUUGAAACCAAGCCCCGUCCGACCACCCAUAUGAUUGUCCAACCCACCCAGUGGGCCAGUGGCAACACACCCACAACGCCGCUGGCUAUAAGGCCUUGGUCAUCUGGAGCCGCCAACAGCCAACUGAAGACCCC